CCUCCGUCUCUCCGGUGGUCAGCUGACCGUCGGUCGGUCUGCUGACUGUCAAACCCGAGACUCGCACCACGACCCGGACACCCGCACCUCCAGGCCGAGCCCGGUCUCUGAGUGCCCGCCAGCGGAGCUCUCGACCCGGACUGGUUCCUGCAGUCCUCCGCCGUCAGCCGGAGGUCGAAUCUUUAGGCCCGAACAGGCCCAGCUCGUCGCUCCGAGAGCCGGAGUCUCUCUCUGGGCACGGUCCGAGGCCGCCGGUCCGCCGGUAGAUCCCCCCCGAGCCCGUGUGACCCCGUGAACCGCCAUGGCCGUGCUGGAGGCCGCCAUGCAGGGACUGGCCGUGUUCGGCUUGAUCCUGUUCCUGGUGCUGUGGCUGAUGCACUUCAUGUCCAUCAUCUAUGUGCGUCUCCACCUCCACAGGAAGAGGUCGGAGGUGAAGCAGCCAUUCGGGCAGCUGGUUGGAGUUUCUCUGCUGAAGCCUCUGAAGGGCAUCGACCCGAACCUCAUCUCCAACCUGGAGACAUUUUUUACACUGGACUACCCCAAGUAUGAGAUCCUGCUGUGCGUUCAGGACCAGGACGAUCCGGCCGUUGAUGUCUGUAAGAAGUUGUUGGGAAAAUACCCCAACGUUGACGCUCAACUGUUCAUCGGGGGGAAGAAAGUUGGAAUCAACCCCAAGAUCAACAACCUGAUGCCAGGCUACGAGGCGGCCAAGUACGGCCUGGUGUGGAUCUGCGACAGCGGCAUCAGAGUGAAACCUGACACCCUGACAGAUCUGACCAAUCAGAUGACGGAGAAGGUGGGGCUGGUCCACGGGUUGCCGUAUGUCGCCGACCGCCAAGGGUUCGCUGCCACUCUGGAGCAGGUGUACUUUGGGACGUCCCACCCUCGCUCCUACAUCUCGGCUAACGUGACGGGGAUAAAGUGUGUGACGGGGAUGUCGUGUCUGAUGAGAAAGGACGUGCUGGAUCAGGCCGGUGGAUUGGUCGCCUUCGCCCAGUACAUCGCCGAGGAUUACUUCAUGGCUAAAGCUAUCGCUGACAGAGGGUGGAAGUUCUCCAUGGCAACACAGGUGGCGCUGCAGAACUCUGGGUCAUACUCGAUUGGCCAGUUCCAGUCCCGCAUGAUCAGGUGGACCAAGCUGAGGAUCAACAUGCUUCCUGGGACGGUCCUGGAGCCCGUCUCUGAGUGCUUCCUGGCCAGCCUCAUCAUUGGCUGGGCUGCUCAUUACAUCUUCAGGUGGGACAUGAUGGUGUUCUUCAUGUGUCACUGUCUGGCCUGGUUUCUGUUCGACUACGUCCAGCUGACCGGAGUUCAGGGCGGCCCGCUGUGCUUCUCCAAGCUGGACUUCGCCGUGGCCUGGUUCAUCCGGGAGUCGAUGGCGGUGCAGAUCUUCCUGUCGGCUCUCUGGGACCCGACCAUCAGCUGGAGAACCGGACGGUACCGGCUGCGCUGCGGAGGUACCGCCGAGGAGAUCCUGGACGUCUAGUUACCACAGCAACAGGCCCCUCCCCCUCCACAGAGAGCCGGAGUCAGAGACUGAUGUUUGUUUUAUAUGAGACGAUACUGAAGUAAGGGUGUGUGUGUGUAUGAGUGUGUAUAAGAGUGUGUGUGUGUGUGUGUGUGUGUGUGUGUGUUUGUGUGUGUGUAUAAGAGUGUGUUUUUAACUAUUUAUGUUUCUUUUGGUGCUAAAAAUAAAAGACAGCAGAAAAAAACAAUGAGAGAGCAGGAAGGAAGAAAGAAAACAACACAAAAAAAUCCAGAGUGUCGCAUCGCACUGAAUUAUCUGAUCUUUGAUCAGGAAGAAAAGUAGCCAAUCAGGAGGGAGGUGAAGCACAACUCUCCACCCGGUUGGCUGAUUAUAACGUUUUCGUGUUUCUUAAAGUUUUGUUGGGAUGCAAACCAGAGACGAACCAGCAGAUGUUUUACUCUGAAUCAAAAAAGAACAUUUCAGCCUCCAGGUGGGUUUAGCUCCACCCACGUCCCACCUGUCACCUGCAGCUGCCACUCCCGUCAUCGUGUGUAAACAUGUAAACAAUGAACCAGAAGACAGUUCCUCCCGAACUAGUGUUUGUUUGCCAGCAUCAUCUGAAAUUAGCUAAUGUGUGACAUGAACUAGCAUUAACUGAAGCUACCUAAUGUUUGUUGUUGGCUAGUUUAGGCUGACAACUGACAUUAGGUAGCUAAACAUUAGCCAAAGCUAAUAUUCGCUAAUGUCCUGCUAGCUAGCUAAAGCUAAUAUUUACUCAUGUGGAAACCAGCUGGACUUCUCUCUGGGAGGUUUCAGCUUGAGCUAACAUUAGCUUUAACUAGCUAGCGUUUGUUAUUUACCAACAUUAUCUUAAAUUAGCUAAUGUGUGACAUGAGCUAACAUUAGCUAAAGCUGAAGUUUAGGGUUACAACAAACAUUACGUAGCUAAACAUUAGCUAAGGCUAAUGUUUAGUCAUGUAGAAACCAGCUGCACUUAUGUCUGUCUAAGAAGUCCAGUUGGAUUCUACUGAAAACAUGCUAAUGUUGACUGAUUACAAACAUUAGCCAACAUUAGCCUAAACGAGCCAACAACAAGCAUUAUGUAGCUAAAGCUAAUGUUAGCUCAUGUAGAAACCAACUGGACUUCUGCAUGAGCUAACAUUAGCUUUAGCUAGUCAGCAUUUAAGUAAGUUCUAAAAGGACAAAACGAUGAAUUAAUGUCAGAAGAUUUAACCUGCAGCUUAAUCGGUAAUAUCUGUUAGCGUGUUAGCUUAGCAUUUAGCUCCACACAGCUAACUUAGUAACUUAGGUCAAAUCCAGUUGAUUUUUCAAAGUAAAACAUUUGUGGUGAAGUUUAAAUUCUCUGCUGUUUGCUUCCAUCGUUUCUGCCAAGGAAAAAAAAUUAAAAUACAAAUAAUUUUAAGUUGACUUUUUGCCCCCAAAAAAAGAGCAAAAAGAGUGUGCAGCCGUUUGAUUGGUUGAAAACAUAUGAUUUACUGAAAUAAAGAGUGUUUAGGAUCACCGUUUGGAGGAAAAUGUUACUUGUUCUGCGUUUCAGCAGUCGAUGGAAAGUCGAUUUGAGCCAAUAGUGGAGACAGUUUUUACCGUCGCGUUCUUUUGGAGUUAAUGGAGACAGGAUGGCAGCUUGAACGACAAAAUCAUCCCAACUAUAAAAACAUUGCUGUUACAGAACCGACAUCUUUGAGGAUUUUAAAUGUCGGCAGGAUCAAAAAAACGUUUAUUAUUCCCUCGUCUGACCAAGUUAAAGCUACCUAAUGUUUGUUAGCUAGUUUAGGCUAAUGUUGGCUAACAUUUGUAAUCAGUUAACGUUAGCUUGGUUUUCAGUAGAAACCAGCUGGACUGAAGAAGCUCCCAGAGAGAAGUCCAGCUGGUUUCUACAUGAGCAAACAUUAGCUUUAGUUAGCUAGCAUUUGACAUUAGUGAACAGUAGCUUUAGCUAGCUAGCAUUUGUUAUUUGCUGACAUAAUCCAAAAUUAGCUAAUGUGUGACAUGAGCUGACAUAAGCUAAAGCUACCUAAUGUUUGCUGUUAGCUGGUUUAGGCUAAUGUUGGCUAAUGUUUGUAAUCAGUUAACAUUAGCUAAAGCUACCUUUGUUUGCUGUUAGCUAACAAAGUCAGAAAAGUCACCACAGAAGACAAAGGAAACAAAACCGGCUGAUGAGAGAAUCUUUGUUGAUAAAAAUGUUUUUUUAGUGAAUCCAGUAUUCUGACGCAAAACGGUCGAAACAUUUCACCCGUCUAACACAGGACCAAAAAACAGUCUGAACACUGUGUGUGUAGGUGUGUGUGUGCGUGCGUCUGUGAUCAUGUUUCAUAAAGCUGUUCUGCUUCACUCUUAGCUGUUAGCGUAGCCACUUGGGGUUUGGUUGAUGACAUCAGCUGUGAUGUUGGACGAGCCCCCUCCCCCGACGUUAUCGGCUACAGUCUGCAAACCGACCAAUCACAGUUGAGGAUUGUGUCAACACAGGAACAAUAAAGUUUUAUCCUUUCAAAGCUGAA